UGGCCGUUAGACUACUUAUCUUUCAAGAUGGCGGUGCCACGUUACCUUGGGAAUACCCACUCAUCCAUAGAUGGGCCGAUCAACAGGGAGGUGAGGAUGAUAGAAGUUUUUCCUUCGAUGAUGCUUCUUGGUUCUUCGUUUGCGUUGCUUUUCCCUCGUCACUGCUUGUUGAGAAAUCUUUUGCAUUCCUUUCGAUAUGCCGAGCCGAUUUCGAAUGCCGUUUCAUCGGCAAAAUACUUCUACUGCUCAAGAUGAGAUAGAAGUCUCCCCAUCCGGCUCUCAAAAUGGUGGUUCUCAAACCCUUGACGAGAAACAUACCGAGCUCUCCACCCGUGACCUCUCCGCAGCCGCCAUCGAAGAUGUCCCUAAGUUCCAGAAAUCCCACAAAUGGGAUCCAAAUCUUCCACAGGAGCAAAUUGACGCACUAAACGAAGCAUCCAAAACCGGUGACAUCGAGAAGAUCAAUGAGGUGGAACAUACCUUCGCAGAGGACUCACCAUACGAAGAAGUCCGCGCCGCUGUUCGCACCACCGAUGAUGGCUCUGUCGCCAACACGGUCCGAGCAUGGAUUCUGGGAAUGAUCUUCGUCACAGUCGGGUCUGGAUUAAACAUGUUCCUCAGCAUGCGAAGCCCCGCUAUCAAUUUUCCGGCUAUUGUCGUACAAUUGGUUGUUUACCCAAUUGGGUGCUUCUGGGCCCGCGUUGUGCCUAUGAAGGUGUUCAAUACUUUUGGUUUGAAGUGGACGUUUAAUACGGGGCCAUUUACGAUUAAGGAGCAUGUGGUUAUCACGUUGAUGUCGAGUGUUAGUAUUGGAUAUGCGUACAGUACCGAUGCAUUGCUGGCUUUGAAGGCAAAGCCGCUUUAUGAUAUUGAUUUGGGAUGGGGGUUCCAGUUGCUGUUUACUCUUAGUAGUCAAUUGAUUGGUAUCGCUCUUGCUGGGAUGUUUCGCAGGUUCUUGAUCUGGCCGUCGGCAAUGAUGUGGCCAGGUCAAUUCUCGAGCACUUCUUUGUUCUAUGCUCUUCAUGAUAAGAAGAGAUCGGAUGCCUCGAUGACCAAUGGGUGGGUUAUCUCGAGGUACAGAUACUUUUUAUAUUUGACACUAGGAGCUUUUGUGUGGUACUGGGUGCCUGGGGUUUUGUGGCAGGGACUUUCAGUAUUCGCAUUCAUUACUUGGAUUAAACCGAACAAUGUAGUACUCAACCAGUUGUUUGGAGGGUACACUGGAUUGUCGUUGAUACCAAUUACUUUCGACUGGACCUAUGUCUCUGGUUAUCUGAAUGACCCCUUGCUUGCACCCGUACACGCAAUGUACAACACCCUCGCAGGUCUUGUAAUCUUCGUCAUCAUUUCGUCGAUUGGUAUUUCGUACACCAACACAUUCUACUCAGACUAUCUUCCAAUGAGCACUUCCACCACUUAUGACAACACGCAAUCAGCUUACAAUGUCUCGAGAAUCUUGACUCCAGAAUACACAUUCGACCUUGCAGCAUACAAAUCCUACAGCCCAAUGUUCCUUGCUCCAACGUUCAUCUUGAAUUAUGGCCUCUCAUUCGCAGCUCUGACAGCAGCUAUCGUUCAGACAGUGCUUUUCAAUGGGAGCGAGAUCUGGUAUAGAUUCAAGGCAGCCAGGAAUCAGGAGCCGGACAUUCAUAUGAAGUUGAUGAAAAGAUAUCCCGAGGCUCCGGAUUGGUGGUAUGUUGUGCUUUUUGUCGGCUCGAUUGCUCUCGGCUUGGCAACUACGUUGGGAUUUGAUUCUCAGUUACCUUGGUGGGGUUUCUUCGUCUCCAAUAUCAUCGGCUUGAUUUUCAUUAUACCAACUUGUAUGAUUCUGGCGACGACGAACAUUAUGCUCUCUCUAAAUGUCAUCUCACCUUUCUUAGCUGGAUUCAUGAUUCCUGGAAAGCCUAUCGGUGUUAUGAUCUUCAAAGUCUUCAGCACCAUCACGCUGGGCCAAGCUCAAACAUACUGUGGUGAUCUGAAAUUAGCUCACUACAUGAAAGUCCCACCAAAAAUCGUCUUUUGGUGCCAGGUCGUCGCUUCAAUUUGGGCUUGCUUCGUUCAGAUAGCAGUCAUGAACUGGACUCUUGGUACAAUCGACGGUGUAUGUACACAAGAACAAUCAUCUCACUUCACCUGUCCAAAUGGAAGGACGUUCUUCUCCUCAAGUAUAGUUUGGGGUGUCAUCGGCCCAGAACGUAUGUUCGGGCCAGGUUCCAUCUAUUCAUCGAUCAACUGGUUCUGGCUCCUCGGCGCCCUCCUCCCAGUCGCUUUCUACAUCCUCAUGCGCUACUUCCCCCGCUCUCCCCUCCGCCUCCUCAACGCCCCCGUAAUGCUCGGCGCCAUGGCCUGGCUCCCUCCCGCAACACCCCUCUCCUUCUCCACCUGGGUAGCCUUCGGCCUCCUCUUCAACGCCUACAUCCGCACCCGCUUCCCGGGCUGGUGGCACAACUACAACUACGUGACAGCAGCGGCUCUCGAUUCAGGCCUGGUACUGAGUACUAUCAUCAUCUUUUUUGCGAUUACGCUGCCGAGUGUGACGAUCCCGCAGUGGUGGGGGAAUGUGGCGGUUUAUGAGACGUUGGAUGCUAGUUAUACCGCGGUGAGGAGGACGGUUACCGGGGUGGGAGGGGAUUAUUUUGGGCCGAGGGUUGGGGGGUGGUGA